AUGAAUUGUACCGAAAUAAUUAUUUAUAAUGAUGUCAUGAAUAUUUCUUUGGAUACGAUACUUGCAAAUGCGCGAGAAUUAGUUUCCAGAUUACGUCGAGAUGAUGCUACAGCUGAUACAGCAGUAAGUCAAGCACAAUACGUUCAAGAAAAAAUUAUCAGUAUGAAACAGUAUGGUGAUGACAUAGCCGAAUUAAAUGACCUUGGAUCACAUCGACCAAAAGCAGCAAUACUUUACAAUAUUCAAAAAGAAAAUCGUUUAAUUAAAAAGUUGCAAAAAGAAAAUGAAGAAUUAAGACAGUUGGUAAACGAACAUCGAAGUGUAUUGGAGAAAAUAAUGUUCAAAUAUCGACAGCAUGUUCAACAAUUAAUUAUGAUGGAAAAAGAAGAAUCAAUUGCAAUUGAUUUGUAUAAUGCUGGAUUAGCUCAACAAGUUCAAGAUAAAUCGUCAAAAAUUCAAGAAAUGGCAAGUAUUAUGCGUCAAGCAAUUGAUAUUGAUGAUAUUAAUAUUCAUACUCAAGAAGAACGGAUUAAUGCAUUAUUGUUAGAAAAUAAAGGACUGAAAGAGAUGCUUACUGUACAUGAGCAUAUACAACAAUGUAAACAAACAAUUGUACCUGUUCAACAAACAAACAUUGUAUCGGAAAAAGAAGAGGAGCCAUCUUAG